AUGACGACCAAAGAUCAAAAUCCUGCUAUCUCCACCUCCCACUUUCUACAAUAUCAAGCUAGGCCUCCCGAAGCUGCCGAAGGGACCCUGGCCGUUAUAUUAGUUUGUCUAGGAGCCGAAGAAGUUGGAAAUGGCGCCAGACGGGCAGAUGCUUCAAACCUCGCUUUAGGUGAAUCGAAAAUGCCUCCUAAUAUGCUACGUUGUGUCGAGAGCGAACCUUCAAUACGCCUGGCUCAUCCUCGAGGAGUCAUCGUGGCCUUUUUUUUGCGUAUUGAGUCAAAAUUAGAAGCAUCAUUGGCGCUACAAUCCCGAUUGUUGGGGCUACUUUUCAUCCCGGAAAGCCCUCGCUACCUUCUGGUAAAGGGAAGGAUUGAAGAAGCAAGUAAAUCGCGGGAAACUCUGCGAGGCAACUCGGUGCCCGCUGAAUAUGGCAUCGAAGAAGAGAAGCGAGACGCUACAACAGUUGGUGCACUAAAUAUGUUCACAGGUAUCUUGUUCGUCGCUUUUAGUCUGCUUACAACACUGAAAACCCCAGGCACCGAGCUUCGAUGA